AUGUCGGGCGUUGGAAAAACCAGUUUGGUAAACACUCUGCUUGGAAAACCAUUUAAUGACAAAGAACCAUCAACCGAUGGGAUAGUAUUGAGAACAGCAUUUCAAGCUACUAACGUUGAUUGUAGUGAGUGGAAAGAGGAAGAGGAUAUUGACGAUUGUAAUCGGAUCAAACAGAUACGUGUUAAUGCAAUAGAAGAUAAAGUUGCUGAGAAAUUAAAAUUUAUAGGAAAGCAAACAGAGGAACACAAUUCGGCACCUAAACCAGCAGUUGAACCUGUAACUGAACCAGCAGUUGAACCUGUAACUGAACCAGCAGCUGAACCGAUACCUGAACCAGCAGUUGAACCGAUAUCGGAACAAGCAGUUGAACCUGUAACUGAAGAAGCAGCUGAACCGAUACUUGAACCAGAAGCUGAACCGAUAUCUGAACCAGCAGUUGAACCGAUACAUGAACCAGCAGGCGAAACGAUACAUGAACCAGCAGCUGAACAGAUACCUGAACCAACAGUUGAACCAGAUGAAAUGCCGGAAGGAACUGCAACAGAAAAAAGUGAAGCUUGUCAAUAUGAAGAUUCUUCAUCUAAGAUCCAGAGUACAAGUAGUGACAACGAUUCAUUUGAGAACCAGAGUACAAGUAGUGACGAUGAUUCAUCAAGUAGUGACAACAGCUCAACAGAAGAGCUUCCAAGUGAAACUCAACACAGAAUUAUUAACCGAAUGUUGAAACCGGAUGAGAAAAAAUCAAGGGAGAAUGGAAAUGAAGAUAUGACUUACAUUUGGGACUUUGCUGGCCAGCAGCUCUACUACAUCACACAUAGAGUAAGCAAUGCUGUAACCAGGAUUUUCAAAUAGUGUGGAACAAUAUAAGGGUGAACCCAUUUUACGCGUAAAUUCAAAUAAUGUGGACCCAUUUUCUUAAAAGUUGUACCAUUUUACAUAAAAAUAUGAAUAAUCUGCACCCAUUUUCUUGAAAAAUUGAAACAUACGUAAAAUAUUAGAAAUCUGGACACAAAAGUUGACCCAUUUUACACAAAAUAUGAGAAAUCUUUACCCAUUUUAAAAAUAUGGACCCAUUCUUUGAGGAUCUAAUAGAAAAAUUGUGUGGGACUGUCCCAACAGCUAUGGCAUUGAGAGCAAGUACUUACUUUGAGUUUACUUCCAUAAAAAUGUCCU